AUGGGGCUGUGGUAUUCUUCUUCUCUUCUCUCCUCCUUCCUCUUCAUCACUGUGCCUGUGCUGGCGAACAUCUCGGUGUUGCCCACGAACAGCACCACCGAUUUGGCCUCGUCCAGCUCCGCGCGCUUCCGCAUCCAAGGUUCCAAUCCACUCAACGACCUUUACCUCGCCCCAUUGACGAAUUACCUCGUCAAUUUAUCUUCCAGCCAGGCCCAUAGUUUUGACGUCGCUGGCACGAUCACCGAGGUGACUGCCACCAACUCGCUAGUCAUCAAUAGUACUGAGAUUGCCUGCAUCCCCUGUGACGACUCUUCUGUAAAUUAUCCAGGAGAGCUGGGUGUCGAUCAGACUGUCUCAAGUGUGAUUACUGCUGCCCAACCCGCUGCAGCCAUCAUCCUCUACAGUUCAAGUUCUACCCACUGUAACCUGACCACGGAUGAUUCAACCGAGGCGUAUCGCUACAUCUUCACAUUCAAGGAUUCAACUGCGGUCGCCGCUCUCAAUCAAACCUUGACCACUUCUCCCAACAAGACCGUUUCCAUUGUGCCAAUGUCGUCGUUUCAAACCUCCGCGCCGGUUGACACCAGUGCUAGCGGUACUGGUAACAGCCCCAACACAGCGAUGAUUAUCCUGUACAGUAUCACAGGUAUCAUUACAGCCCUCUUCCUGGGUAUCAUCAUCACCGGCGCCGUCCGUGCGCACCGUCAUCCCGAGCGAUAUGGACCUCGCCGGGUCGCUGGCCGGCCACGGCAAAGUAGAGCAAGAGGUAUAGCGCAAGCCUUCAUCGACACACUUCCCGUCGUCAAGUUUGGCGACAACGACGGUGUGGCUGCCGCCAAGCGGGACGUCGAGAUGGCCAAUGUGGAGGAUCCCGCCCGCGAGCAUUCCCCUUCCCGCUCGGAUAGCAUUUCCGACGUCGAGCAGACGACUCCCCGCGAGACUGAAAUGACCACCGCUGAGCAUGCAGCUACUAUCCAAGCUGCUGCAACUGCCGCGAACGAAUCGGACCCCAAUGCUGCCCCCGAUAGCGGUAACUUCUCCUGCCCGAUCUGUACCGAUGACUUUAUCAAGGGCCAAGACCUGCGGGUUCUGCCAUGCAACCACCAGUUCCACCCAGAGUGUAUUGACCCGUGGCUUGUCAAUGUAUCUGGCACAUGUCCCCUUUGCCGCAUCGACCUCAACCCACCCAAGACCGAGGAGAAUGCCGAAGGAGAAGGCGAGAAUGCCGACCAACAGAACACGGACACCGUAGCCGAGCUCACCACAGCUGCUACAGCUGCAACAGCCGCCGGCACCCAAAGUAGCCGACACUCCCACCGGCUAUCAAACUACCUCCACGGCCCCCUCAACGCCCGCCGCAUGCGCAAUGCCACCGUGGAAGAACGUCUCGCCGCGCUCCGACACGUCCGCGAAGCCAAUCAAGAAGCCGCCGGCGACGACGACGACACCACUCGACGCAACCGCAACCGCCUAUCAACCCGACUACGCGAUCGAUUCCGUAUCCGCACCCGCGCCCACGGAGUCGACACCACCACCAGCCCCGUCGAGAGUGGGGCGGCAACACCCACCGUGCCACCGCCUGCACAUACCACGAACUAG